GUUGGCAACUUACAUUUCUCCCUUAUUCAGAAGAAUGAUAAAUUCAACAAUGGAAUUCCAAACUAUUGUUUGAAUUUUCUCUCACAAUGCCUUCACAUGGCCCUCUUAAGAUACUUGAAACUUGCAGACUUUCUCCAUAUCCCACCUCCUCCACUGAACUAUCUCUUCCUCUCACUUUCUUUGACACCUUCUGGUUGACAUUUCCUCCAGUUGAGCGUCUCUUCUUUUACCAAUUCUCAAAUUCAACCCUUGACCAUUUCAACUCUGUGAUCCUUCCCAAGCUCAAACACUCACUCUCUCUUGCUCUUUUUCACUAUCUCCCUCUCGCAGGCAAGCUGACAUGGCCUCCAAAUGUUUCCAAGCCUGUCAUCUCCUACUCACCAGACGACGCCGUUUCUCUCGUCGUCACCGAGUCCAGCGCAGACUUUAAACGUCUCUCCAGCAAUGAUAUCCGUGAGAGUUCGGAGUUACGUCAUUUAAUACCCCAGUUGUUAACAUCUGAUGAGAGAGCAUCAAGCAUGUCUCUGCAAAUAACCUUGUUUCCAAAUCAAGGCUUUUGUAUUGGCACUGCCAUGCACCACGCAGUCGUCGACGGCAAUACGGCUAUCACCUUCAUGAAAUCGUGGGCUUAUCUAUGCAAACAACUAGACAAACAAGACGCUUCGUUGCUGCCGGAGCUCACUCCAUUCUUCGAUCGGACGGUUGUCAAAGACCCAAAUGAACUUUACAUGGUUUACUUGAAGAACUAUGCAUAUUGCAUGGGUGUUUCAGAAAUAAACCAACUAAGCUUGAAAGUAAUGGAAUAUUUAGGAGGAAAUCGGAAUUCACUUCGAGCUACGUUUAAGUUGAGUCGUGAAGAUAUAAAAAAUCUGAGAGAAAAGAUCAUUUCCAAAGCAGAAGAACUAAAACCUACAAAGGAGCUUCAUCUAUCCACAUUUGUGGUAACAUAUGCAUAUAUUCUAAUUUGUCUUGUGAAAGCAAGAGGGGGCGAAGGUGACAGAAAGGUUAACUUUUUAUUCCCAGCAGAUUGCAGAAACCGUUUGGAUCCUCCAGCGCCUGCAAAUUAUUUCGGCAACUGUGUUGUUCCGCGUCAGGCGAUUAUGAAAGCCUCCGAUUUCAUGGAGGCAAAUGGGGCUGUUGUUAUCACGGAGAAAAUCAGUAAUAUGACAAGGGAACUUGACGAGAAGGGGGUUUAUGAAGGUGCAGAUAAGAAUUUAGAAAAGUUGAUGACUUUGGAAAGAGGAAUACAAUCGCUUAGUCUUGCCGGGUCGAUCCGUUUCAAUGUUUACGGCGUUGAUUUCGGGUGGGGACGGCCGGAGAAAGUAGAGGUAGUAUCUAUUGAUAGAACAGGAGCAAUUGCUUUGGCGGAGAGUGGCAACGGAGAUGGCAUUGAAAUUGGUGUGGUUUUGAGCCAGAAUGAAAUGGAGAUUUUCAAGUCUCUGUUCGUUUCUGGUUUACAGAAUCCAUGAAAUUGAUAUAUUUUUCCAUUCAUGUUUUUGUUAAAUUAAAUCAUUUCUA